AUGAAUCCAAACUACUGUGACGCUGUGCUAAAUUCGCCGAUGUCACUCAUUGCUUUAGGGGUAAUCGAUGGGAACACCUCCAUCUACUGCGAUGCAUCAGAAGGGUCUUCUUUUUAUCAUUCAUUUGACAGUGAAGACUUACCGGAAGAAGAAGAGGAAGAUAUUAUUGAUGAAAGAUAUACAGACUGGAACGCUCACUGUGUCCAUGAGGUAUCACCUUCAGUGACUGAGGCUCAUGAAUCACUACAGUCUUCUGCACCGUCUUUAGAAGAGGAAGAGGUUUCUACUGAACGCAGGAGGUAUGAACAGAUGGUAGAUGGAGGGAAUAUCAUGGUUGAACCCUCACCAUAUCUUCAAAUAGAGUGUCACUCGAUCAAACGUCAAGUCAGCGAAGAUCUGGCAAGAAAUCGAUUGGAAAAAGAGGAAAAUGUUAUUGAAGAAAGACGUACAGACUGGGACCCUCACGAUAUCCGUGAGAUAUCACCUUCAGUGCCUGAGGCUCAUGAAUCACAACAGUCUUCUGCACCGUCUUCGGAAGAGGAGAUUUCUACUGAAUACAGGUAUGAACAGAUGGUAGAUGGAGGGAAUAUCAUUGUCGAACCCUCACCAUAUCUUCAAAUAGAGUGUCACUUGAUCAAACGUCAAGUCAGCGAAGAUCUGGCAAGAAAUCGAUUGGAAAGUUUAACAUUAACAACGUUGUGUGACUCCAACCAGUCAGAGGAAAAUCACGCAAGAAGAUCUUCGUCUUCUUCUUCAGAAAAGGAAGAUGAUAGUGAAGAAAGCUAUACAGACUGGACCGCUCGCAAUGUCCGUGAGGUAUCACCUUCAGUGGCUGAGGUUCAUGAAUCACAAGAGUCUUCUGCACUGUCUUCGCAAGAGGAAGAGAUUUCUAUUGAACACAUGAGGAAUAAAUAUCCGAAUCGACCACCUCCAGAAGUUUUUUUCAGGGUAAAAAUGAAAAAUACUUGUAUUAGUUUGUGGGGAGAUAAAGUACAGCAUUUACCGGAACUACUUUGCAUUUUGAAGAUGUGUCAUCAUAUCUACGGUCCAUUGUCGAUCACUAGUUGUGAGGAAGUCAUCGAGAGUUGUUUCAAUCCUGAUGGUGAACGAAGUAACUGGUCAUUGAUGAAGGACGGUGGUCGCACGGAUGUAAAGCGAAUGUUCGAACUGAAAAUGUUCCAACUUUCUAAACCACCGAAUCGAAUGGAGGUACAACCCGUUGAUUGUAUUCUUAAGUCUAAGUUUCGUAUGCUUCCUAAAGGUCUGAUAAGCGAAGUUUACAAAGCCUUAUUAAAAUCCAAGAAGGGGAAGGCUGUCAAAGAGAUUAUGGAAAUGAUGACGCCAUUUCUGAAGGCAAAUGAUGAUUUCAGUCGACUUGACGAAAUUAAGGAAGCAAUCCUGACUGUUCCUGAUGUGAUUAGGAUUAAUAACGAUUAUUUGGAGUUAAGCAAUGAUGAUGCGUUCUUUGUGAUCACAGACCAAAUCAUAUAA